AUGAGGCUCUCAACCCUCACUCUCCUCGCGGGCCCCGCAGCCGCCGCAGCCUCAAAAUCCUACCUCACCUGGAUGGCCGACUCGUGGAUCGUCAACAACCGUGAACACGAAGGCGCCUAUUGGUAUGGACGCGCCACAAUCUACGAGGGCUACGAAGCAGCCUACUCUUUGUACAAGAACGAAACAUUGCUCUCCUGGUAUAGGUCCCAAAUCGACGACGUCGUCGUAACCGAAGACGGGUCCCUCGUCGACUUCAACGAAACAUACUACUCGCUCGACGACUACCGUAUCGGGAACAACCUCCUGUACUGGUACGAGCGCACCGGCGAAGAGAAGUAUCGCCUGGCGGCUGACCGCAUUCGCGCUAUGCUCGACCGCCACCCGCGGACUGAGACGGGCGGCUUCUGGCACCGCCAGCCGAAUUAUCCGAACCAGAUGUGGCUGGACGGGAUCUUCAUGGCGGAUGUGUUUUACGCAAAGUGGACGAAGCUCUUUGAUGCAAAGAACCAGUCUGCUUGGGAGGAUAUCGUCCUGCAGUGGGAUAAGAUUGAGGAGCGGACUCGCGACCCCGGUGGCACCGGCCUGCUCGUUCACGGCUUCGACGAGAGCAAGACGGCUAUCUGGGCGGAUCCCGUUACGGGGGCGUCGCCACUUGUUUGGAAUCGGGCUGUGGGAUGGUAUUUUGUUAGUCUCAUUGAGAUUCUCGAUAUCUACCCGAAGCACCUCGAUGGGUAUAAGCGGUUGCUGGGAUACUAUAAGCGCCUUGCCAAGGCGAUUCUGCAAGCACAGGAUCCUGAGACGGAUGGCUGGUAUCUUGUCCUCAGCAAGCAGUAUAUAGGUGCCGAGGGCAAUUACUUUGAGAGUUCUGCGGCUGCGAUGUUCACCUAUGGGUGGUUGGCUGGCUUGCGAAGGGGGUAUCUUGAUGAGAGGACGUUCUCGAGGCCAGCCGCCAAGGCGUACAGACAUCUGAUUGACGACUUUGUUACGAAACACCGCAAUGGCACAAUCACCUGGGAGGGAACUGUUCAGGUCGGAUCCCUGAACAGUAAUGCAACGUUCGAGUACUACACCAGCAUUCCCGUCGUUCCGAAUGAUACUCGUGGGGUUGGCCCGUUCCUGCUUGCAUCUUAUGAGUGGGAUAUUCGCCAGAAGCGAAACUGA